GGCGGGGAGCGGCCAGAGCCUAAUACAGCAGCAACCGGGGUACGACUCAGCCCUCCUCGGCCCCGCCCCCUCGCCGCUCCCUGCGGAGGGUUUUUCGGUCCCCACGCCGGGGAUCUUCAUCCUCCUCCGAUCCCAUAGGCGAAACCGGCCCAGGAGGUGAAGCUUCGCUUCCUGGAGCAGCUGAGCAUCCUUCAGACUCGGCAGCAGAGGGAGGCGGAUCUGUUGGAGGACAUCAGGUCCUACAGCAAGCAGAGGGCAGCCAUUGAACGGGAGUAUGGACAGGCGCUACAGAAGCUGGCGGGGCCGUUCCUGAAGAGGGAAGGGCAGCGGAGUGGGGAGAUGGACAGCAGACCUUCUCUGGGAAGGGACAGGACAGUGUUUGCUGCCUGGCGCUGCCUGCUGGAUGCCACCGUGGCAGGAGGCCAAACUCGACUCCAGGUGUCUGACCGAUUCCGUGACCUAGCAGGGGGCACAGGGCGGAGUGCCAAGGAGCAGGUGCUUAGGAAGGGAACAGAGAGCCUCCAGAGGGCGCAGGCUGAGGUGCUGCAGUCCGUCCGGGAGCUGAGCCGAAGUCGGAAGCUGUAUGGGCAGCGGGAGCGCGUGUGGGCCUUGGCACAGGAGAAGGCAGCUGAUGUCAAAGCCAGGCUGAAUCGAAGUGACCAUGGCAUCUUCCACUCUCGGACCAGUCUCCAGAAACUGAGCACCAAGCUUUCUGCCCAGUCAGUCCAGUAUUCCCAGCAGCUGAGAGCAGCCCGCAAUGAAUACCUGCUCAACUUGGUAGCCACGAAUGCCCACCUUGACCACUACUACAAGGAGGAACUGCCAGCCCUGCUCAAAGCCCUGGUCAGCGAGUUGUCAGAACACUUGAGGGACCCUCUGACCUUACUGAGCCGCACUGAGCUGGAAGCCGCAGAGAUGGUCCUGGAGCAUGCCCGUCUCGGGGGGCAGGCCACCUCCCAGGUAAACUGGGAGCAGGAUGUAAAGCUAUUUCUUCAGGAGCCUGGAGCAUUUUCACCUGCCCCACCUCAGCAGUUUCAGCCAGCAGGGGCUGAUCAGGUGUGUGUUCUGGAAGAGGGGAAACAAGGCACAGCUGGGGAGAGCAGCCUAGAGAAGGAGAUCCAGCGCUGGACCAGCCGAGCUGCCCGUGACUACAAGAUCCAGCACCAUGGGCAUCGGGUGCUGCAGCGCCUAGAGCAGAGGCGGCAGCAGGCUUCAGAGCGAGAGGCUCUGGGCAUAGAGCAGCGGCUGCAGGAAGUAAAGGACAGCAUCCGGCGAGCACAGGUGAGCCAGGUGAAGGGGGCUGCCCGGCUGGCCCUGCUGCAGGGGGCCGGCCUGGAUGUGCAGCACUGGCUGAAGCCAGCUAUGACCCAGGCCCAGGAUGAGGUGGAGCAGGAACGAAGGCUCAGUGAGGCUCGGCUGUCCCAAAGGGACCUCUCUCCUACGGCUGAGGAUGCUGAGCUUUCUGACUUUGAUGAAUGUGAGGAGACAGGGGAGCUUUUUGAAGAGCCUGCCCCUCCAACCCUGGCCACCAGGUCACUCCCCUGCCCUGCACAUGUGGUGUUUGGCUAUCAGGCAGGGCAUGAGGAUGAGUUGACCAUCAUGGAGGGUGAAUGGCUGGAGGUCAUUGAAGAGGGAGAUGCUGACGAAUGGGUCAAGGCUCGGAACCAGCAUGGCGAAGUAGGCUUUGUCCCUGAGCGGUAUCUCAACUUCCCGGAUCUCUCCAUUCCUGAGAGUGGCCAGGACAAUGACAAUCCCUCAGGGGCAGAGCCCACAGCGUUCCUGGCCCGAGCCCUGUACAGCUACACUGGCCAAAGUGAAGAAGAGCUGAGCUUUCCUGAGGGGGCGCUCAUCCGCCUGCUGCCCCGGGCCCAGGAUGGAGUGGAUGAUGGGUUCUGGCGAGGCGAAUUUGGGGGCCACGUUGGCGUCUUCCCUUCGCUCCUUGUGGAGGAGUUGCUUGGGCCCCCUGGCCCCCCUGAACUCUCUGACCCUGAACAGAUGCUGCCGUCUCCUUCACCUCCCAGUUUCUCCCCUCCUGCACCCACCUCUGUCUUGGAUGGACCUCCUGUACUUGUCCUGCCUGGGGACACAGCCCUGGACUGCCCUGGACUCCUGGACACAAUGGUACCUCGACUCAGGCCGAUGCGGCCACCACCUCCCCCACCGGCUAAAGCCCCAGAUCCUGGCCAUCCAGAUUCUCUCACCUGAAAGCUAUGGGGAACACUGCCCCCCAGUGAUGCUGCUGCCCCUAUCUCCAUGCUUUCGGACACCCCCUCAAUGAUCUGGAGCGACACAGCCAAAAGCUGGAAUCUCCCCGAUAUCUACCUUUACUUCCAGGGGAGAAACUUCUUUCCCCUUUUCUGGGACUAGAACCCAGUACCUUUCUCCAUUGUGCUCCUGCCAUUUUUAGGGCUGGAAUUACCCCUUUGUCUUCUGCCAUCACCCCAUUCUAGGGUGGCGAAAUACCCCAAAAUCACCUUCUAAAGUCUUGAAUGGCUCUGACCCAUCUCCGUCUCUACUCUGGCUGUGUGGCCCAUCCCACUCUGGAUGCCAGGGCCACUGGGGUUGGGGCCGGGAGAAGAGCAGGCCAUGGGAGUCACAAGGAGCUGGAGCCAGUAUGCAAAACAGCUGUAAUGAUCUGAGCAGAUUUAUUGACAGUGAAUAAAGGGCACGAAGGCCAAGGCAGGGCCUGGACCUCUUGUGCCAAGAGGGCAGGAUACCUAAGGUGCUAUUGCUUCAGGGCCCACCAAGGGCAGGGGCCUGGUCCCAGCUGCCACACUCUAGCAUGUGGAACGAGGUGUUGGGGAAGGCAGGCCAAAUGGCCUAUUGGCAGGUAAGGGAUGUGGAAAAGAGUAUGGGCCAGGAGUGUGGAUAACUUUUCCAGUGGUCCCCCAGGCCGAGACCAUGCAACUCCAGGUAGAAGUAGAGCUGGUCCCUCAACUGGGGAGCAGUGCCAUCCAGUGAAGGGGAGGGCCUUCAUGUCCACUCACCCCCUGGCCUGCCCGCUGGUAGUCCAUCAGUACAAUGAAGGAAGAGGCUUGGAGGAGAGGAAGGGGAACAGUGUUGCUUCUUAUUGAGGCUCUGUCCCGUUCAGCUUUUUCCUAGGUCCUUAUCCCCUGGAGUUCAUACCCACUCCCCACCACCAGCUGAGGCAUUUGUGGCGCAGGCUGAGACUGUACUUCACCCAAGGGGUUCAGGGGGCUGAAAAUUGAUGAGCUUAGGGAAUUUAGGUUGGGGGACAAGAUCAUUUGACUUGGGGCUCAGGAAGACUCACCUCAUAUACCCACUGCUUCCUGUGAUGGAGAUGCCUGUGAGAAAGGGGAGGUGACAACAAUAGGAACAGGAGCUUGGCCAUUAUCAGUGACCCCCAAAGAAGUGCACAUUGAAACUGAGCCCAGUGCAGCCCUUGCCAUGUCUUCAUACCUGUUGAUCUGAGGUGUCCAGUUUGCUUGGCUGUUCACUGACCCUUUGACUGGGCAGCCUUGGGCUUGGGCCCCUCCCUCUGGUCCCCAGUGUUGGCUCUGCAGAGGUUCCAGGGUUCCCCUCAUGUGCACAAGGGAUAAGGUUGGUGUCCCUGAGUCCUCCAUUUUGCACUGGGGGACUGGUGAGGGCCUGGGGCUGCGGCUCCUCAGGAGGCAGCCUCUCCAUUCCAGGCAUUCCUGCCCUGGACUGGCUGACCCCAGAGCCCUGACCACCCUUUGGGUCCUGUCCCCCACCAGAGCCUGAGCUCCUAUCCACGGGGGAACCAUCACGAUGCUCAUGUAGCCCAUAGCGCUUCUCAAUGUGUGUCACCCGGAACCUGUGAGGAAGAGAACACUGGGGCUUAGGACCACAACUCAGGCUGCCUGGCCCUCCCCUCCAAUCAGAGAGAUUCUGGGUUUGAUGGCCCCUUCUUCUUGGCCUAAGUUAGGAGAGGCCUUCUCAGACUGUGGGGUAUGUUGUGCAGCCUGAUUCUUGAUGUGGCUCCCAGUCCAGAAGGAAGGAACUGCACCUAGCACUGGGGUCUUUACUUCAAACUUUCUUUCCCUGGAGGAUUGUUUUCCCACCUGCCCACAGAGAAUACAGUGGUCUCCCCAGCACGAGGGCGGCUUUUUCCUUCUUUGGAGCGGCCCUGACGAACAAGUGGGGGUCUCUUGCUGCGGGUACAGUGGAUGCAAGGGGCUGAAGAGCCCAGAUGCACUGUGUGAUGAUGGGAGGGGACUCCAUCUUGCAGGCUGGAGGUGGCAUCCACGCUGGACAUAGGCAGGAGGGGAACAGAAAUGAUAUUUCUAUUUCCUUUCCAGUUCUGUGUUCUCCUGUUCUUUCAGCAUGCUCUUUAAACCCUCAGAAGCCCCAUGUACCCUCAGUCCCAACAUCCUUUGGUCUUUAUCUAAUAAAUUCAGUAUUAAGAUGUGA